GUCGUCAUGUCACCCCAAACACUACCCAGUACAUAAUAUUCAACCCAAGUCCGAAAUAGGUACACCUUCCAUCAUGGAUGGUCUUGACGAAUUUGAGAAAUCACUCGCUGCAGAGAAAUCCGAAAGGGAGCAGGCAGAACAAAAAAGACAUCAAAAACGCAGGCAUCACCACCGACGCGAUCGAUCAACGGAACGAAAUCGUGGUAGUGACCGGCAUACCCAUCAUAAGUCGCGCGAUCGCCACGAAGACGAAGACGACGAUGGACAUCGACGUAAGCGAUCGCGUCACUUUAAAGAUGAUGAACGCCCACAUAGACACGAACGCCAUAGAGAUGAUCGUCAGAAAUCAGAGAAAAGAAGCUCUCAUGUGAAGACUUCUGAUAGCAAGGAGGAUCUCCCAUUGCCCGAUGACGAACUGCCUACCGAUGAUGGCAAAGCUAGCCUAGUUCGAGAUUCCUGGAUGACGGCCCCGUCCGCGCUUGAGAUUGACUAUACGCAGAAAGGCUCCAAGUCCUCCAAACCUCCACCACAGCCGACCGAGCCAGCUCACAGAGAAAUUCACAAACGAGAAAUAAAUGCGACGCAACUGCAGGAACUAAACAACGGCAAGUCUCUUGAUGAAUUAGAGCUACCCGUGCAUAACGAAGUCGAUUACACGUUCGGUGAUAGUGGGUCACAGUGGAGGAUGACCAAACUCCAUGGUGUUUACCAUACGGCUGAACAGACCGGACGAUCUGUGGACGAGGUAGCAUUGGAACGUUUUGGUAGUCUCCGAGAGUUCGACGAGGCGCGCGAGGAGAAGAUCGAGGUUGAUCGGCGUAAGGUGUAUGGCCAAGGUUACAUUGGCAAAGAAAAGCCUACUGGGGAGUUAUAUGAGGAGAGGAAACUUAGUCAAGCCGCUCGCGAGAAUCGGCAAUCUUCGCCGGCCACAACAAGCCUAGAUCAAGGCACUAUCAUCCCCGACGAUGCGUCCGCACACAUGCCAACCCAGAUCGACCAGACCGUUUUAAAUCGGCUGAAGGCGCAAAUGAUGAAGGCAAAGCUGAAGAAAGCCCCUGAUGCUGCCAAGUUGGAAGCAGAAUACAAUCAAGCUGCCGCAGCUUUUGCAUCAAGGGGUCCCGAGGCGGUUGUUCUUAAUGUGAUGGAGAAUCGCAUGCUCGCAGGAACGCGCGGGGAGGCCAAGGCCGUCGAGACGAAGCGCGGCCGCGAAAGAGGGAAUGUCGAACAGAAUGAUGACAUGUCUAUCGAAGACAUGAUUCGAGAGGAGCGACGAACGAAAGGACAAGCAGGAGGUGAUGGACUACGACUAGCUGAGCGGAUCACCAAGGACGCCAAGUUCACCGAUGAUCUCGACUAUAUGGAUGAGAAUGCCGAGAAGUUGGCCAAGCGCGUUCAGAAGUCGGAAAUCAACCUCAAGAACCAGGCUGUCGGCGAGUUUCAAAAGAUCAAUAGUAUUCUGGAUAAAUGUCAACUCUGCCAUCACGAGGAUCGUAAUCAGCCACCCAUCGCGCCUAUAGUCUCGUUAGCGACGCGUGUCUACAUCACGCUACCAACCGAGCCCGAACUAAGUGAGGGUGGGGCCGUUAUCGUUCCUAUCCAGCACCGAACGAAUCUUUUAGAGUGCGAUGACGACGAAUGGGAGGAGAUCCGCAACUUCAUGAAGUGCUUGACCAGAAUGUAUCACGACCAAGGGCGAGAAGUGAUAUUCUACGAAAAUGCAGCGACACCUCAUAGACAUAUGCACGCAGCUAUGCAAGCGGUACCGAUCCCGUACGAUCUCGGCGACACUGCUCCAGCGUUCUUCAAAGAAGCGAUGCUCACGACAGACGAGGAAUGGACGCAACACAAGAAGAUUAUUGACACAGGAGCGAGGGCACGUGAUGGACUAGGGAAGCUGGCAUUCAGACGGUCUAUCGCCAAGGAGAUGCCUUAUUUCCAUGCAUGGUUUACCUUGGACGGAGGCCUAGGACAUGUGGUUGAAGAUUCCAAUCGGUGGCCCAGGGGUGAUUUGUUCGCCAGAGAGAUUAUUGGCGGGAUGAUAGACGCGGAACCGGAUGUGAUCAAGAGGCAAGGACGGUGGCACAAAUCGGAUAGGAGGAUUGAAGGAUUCAAGAAGAGAUGGAGGAAGUUUGACUGGACCAGGGUGCUGUCUGACGGAUGAGGCAUCUAUCACGGUGUUGGCAGACAAGGCUGUCCAAGUGCUUAGAUGCCUGUCUAUCAUAACUACAUACCUACAUACCUACAUACCUAUGUAGCGCACGAAUUCAUGGUUGUUGAAGAAAAGGAUGGCUACACCUGCAGACCUGUCGUUACACCUAAUGAAGACUGAAAUACUGUUGGUGUUCUUAGGGAUCAGGCGGAACUAACAGUAUCGUACAGUAAAAUCCGAGUCAGGCUGCGACUUCGAGUUCUUGCCUUCAGAUGUUUCAAGGGAGCGAUAGGUAGGCAUGCAGAUGUCACGGUGGGAUCAAGGCGUUAAUCUAUCAGAAUGCUACAUAGUACAACUCUGGACGUACCCACUCUUCUACCAGGUAUCCCUGUUAGCUUGGAGACAGGGAUCAAUGAGGGGCAUCAGCCCAUUUUAAAUG